CGAGCGCAGUGUCACAGGAUCUGCAGAGAUCAGAUCGGGGGCCGGGGGAUCGGGACCGGAGGGGGGCGCUGUGUCCUCCAUGGCUGCCCGGAGCUGUCACACACUUCCCCAUUGUCCGAUCAUGAGGAACCUACCGGAGAUGUGCUGAGCCGGCCAAACUUUACAAGGAAGCUGGUGUGUGUGUCUAGAGAGGAUCGUCCGACACGCAGGGAUCAGCUGUCAUUGCUGGCAUCGUCCGAUCCCUGUGAACAGAACAAUGCUGGACACUCACACACCGAUAUGAUCAUCGAUACAACCACAGACAUCUACAGGGAUCGCCAUGGAUUUGGAAUCUUGUGGAUGUUUCUGAUCGCUCAGAGUACCAAUCCUAACCCAGGGGAUCACACGGUGGCUGCGUGAAGCUUCAAUGCCCAGAGAAUCUUCGUCAGAAUUGCGGCUAACCAUGGAUGAUAAACUGGAGGAGAUCUUUAUGGAUAAUAUGGAGGGAGGAAACUCCUUAGAAGUGUAUGAUGAGAUGGUCACGGCUCUGGCCGGUAGUAUUUAUUCUGAGUUGGAGAAACUGGUAGCAGCUUAUGGACAAGAGGCGGUCACAGGCCUGAUGCCCCUCAUGGUGUCGGUGUUGGAAAGUUUGGAAUCCACGUCUGGCAGGGCUCGGGAGAGAGAGGACCAACUGGAGCUACUGCAGGAAGAUAAUCAGAGGCUGCUGAUCCAAUAUGAAAGGGAACGCGAUGGACGCAAACGAGCUGAAGAGAGAUGUAUGGAAAUGGAAGAUGGUAUUGAACAGGAAAGAAAACUUUUCAAAGCCAAUAUGCUAAACGUAGAAGCCCAGACUAAAAAUAUGGAGACCAAGGCACGAAGCUGUGCUGACCAGAUUCUUAGUUUGGAGGAGCAGAAGGCACAGCUGAGCAAGGAACUGGCCUCACUUACCCAAGUCCAUGCCAAGGUAUUAAAGAGCUACAAAGAACUAAGGUACCAAAGAUCUCUUUCAUUAGAAGCUGCCCGACUUUCUGGUCGGAACACUCCCUUGCAGAGCAUAGAAAAGAAAAUGAUGCUAGAUUUCCAGGAAGCGCCAUCGUCUCUAGAGAGUGUCUCAGACAGUGGAGGACCAGAAAUCCCUAAUAAUGAAAAGGAAGUGACAAGGACCCUGCAAGAUCAACAGGUUCUGCCUGAAGAGAGUAAACCUGCCAGCACAGAGACCAGUUCUCCAACUUGCACAGACAUUUUGCCUAAUAAAGUGCCUGAGAAUAAUGACUCGCUGAAAGAUGAGCUGCAACCACAAGAUGGACUCGGAGAUAAAGACCCAGAGACCCCUAAGCCUGAAAUACUGUCGGUGGUUGAUGACAUCAUUAACUCCACCCCAGAACUGAAGCUGAAUUCUGAACCAUUGGAAGCAAGUUCCCCAAGAGCACAUUCAGAACUGGAGCCAAAUCAGGAACAACUGGAUCGUAACAAUGACUCCCUGUAUGCUGAGAUGUUUGGAACAAGCCCAGAAUGUAUUACAGAUGUGGAUGAGGGUGCUGACUUGCAAGGAGUUGGAGAUCAUGUAGAUGCUCUUAUGGUGGAGAAUGCACAGCUCAGAGACACACAGAGUGAAGUUGAUAUGGCUAGGAAGAGCUUGAUUGCGAGAGUUGAGGAGUUGACAGCAGAGAGGGAGACACUUAGACGUGAGGCCGAGAAUACAGGACAAAAUCUAUCGCGCUGUGAGUUCAGGAUGAGAGAGACAGAGCAGGAACUGCACAUGACUCGAAUGGAACUGGAUGAAGCAAGAAAGCUGUGCAGGGAAGAUGCGGAGGUUGAUAUUCCAGCAGCUCAAAGAAAGAGAUUCACCAGAGCGGAAAUGGCACGUGUGCUGAUGGAGAGGAACCAAUACAAAGAGAAGCUGAUGGAACUGCAAGAGGCAGUACGCAGGACAGAAAUGCUCAGGGCCUCCAAGGACGUUCAGGCUGUACAGAUGAAAAAAUCCUCUUUCUGGAAAGUAUUUGACAAAUUAUUUAGCCCGUCCAGCGGUCCACCAGGAAAAGCAGAAACGCCGCCACCAACUCCACCCACCUCUCUGCACAGAGCGCGCUCUACAUCCGCUGUUUACUCCAUGGGUCAGAUAAGCAGCGCUUCACGGAACCAGUCUGUCAGUUUUCGCACACACAACCCCUCACAUACGAAUGAUGAUGAUGCUGUACCAUUGAGAAGCAAGAAACAUGAACAUUACCGCCAGAUUCGCUCACACAUCUGGAAGGAGUAUGGGAGAGCGCAAAUUCAUGGCUGGAGUCUUCCUCCAACUUUAGCAAACAAGGGGGAAACGCAAGCAAAUAACGAGAUCAGCGAUGUUCCAGUUUUAGUACAACUGAGACUUUUGGAUCAAAAGGACCCAAGCACAAAACUCUGGUGUGCCACAGGAGCACCUGCAAUCAACCCAGCAAGCAAAGAAAACAAAGAUACUGCACACCCCAGCUUAGUGUGGAUAUGCUCAGGUACACAUUCUGUCAGUGAAGUCAUGGUGAUCGAUGCCAACUCCUCGAACCAUGUCAUGGAUCAGUUUGUGAUUCCCAAUACCCAUGUCCUCUGUGUAACCAGCGUGCCAGCCUAUAGGUUAGAAUGUUUAAAAGAGACUGAAGCAUGUGAAGAGGAGGGUCAGGAAUGUGUCAGAUGUGCCACCAUCUGGUUAGGGACACAAGAAGGGAGUUUAUUUAUUCAUUCUGCUGUAUCUGAUUGGAGGACCUGCCUACAAAAAGUUCAACUUAAAGAUGCCAUACACAGUAUUGUACAUACGGGUGACCGUGUAGUGGCAACAUUGGGUGAUGGCACACUUGCAAUAUUUAGUAGAAAUGCAGCUAGGAACUGGGAUUUGGACAAUCCAAAAGUUGUAGACUUGGGUAGACCUCAGCAGUCCAUUCGCUGUUCUGUGUCUAUACGAGGAGAGGUGUGGUGUGGCUACAGGAAUCGGAUAUAUGUUGUGGAUCCACGCACUGCCAAAGUGAAGCAAUGGUUUGAAGCAACUCCUCGCCCUGAAAGCCAAGUUCGGCAUAUUGCAGCUGCGGGGGAUGGUGUGUGGGUGUCUGUGCGGCUGGAUUCCAUUUUGCGUCUGUUUCAUGCCCAGACAGGACAACCUUUACAAGAGCUGGAACUGGAGCCGUUUAUACAAAGAAUGCUGGGUCCCAGCAGCUUUGGCAUGUCUAUGGCACAAGUCUCUGCACUGUCGGUAUUCUCUGGUCGUCUGUGGGUCGGGACUGCCUUUGGGGUAAUUGUCAGCAUUCCAUUUUGUAAAGGAUUGGAUGCUAAGUCAGAAGAAAUAAAUGAUGAAGAGAAAAGCUCCCAGGACUUUUCUCCCCAGAGAUCUCCAUACUGUACUGUGGAGUAUGCACAAGUCUCCUUUCAUGGUCAUCGAGAUGCUGUCAGGUUCUUUGCAUGUGUUCCAGGUUGCAUCAACCCUUCAGUACCAGUAGGUGGCAGUGAAAGUGCAGGAAAUCCCACUAUGUUAGUGAUGAGCGGUGGAGAAGGAUACAUCAACUUCAAGAUUGGUGAUGAAACUGGAGACACGGAUGAGGGUUAUGGCGACCUCCUAAUGGCAAACCCCAGAUGCAGACGAUCAGAAAGAAGCCAUCUAAUUGUGUGGCAGACACAGACUUGAGGAUGGAAGAUGGAUUCAUCAUUUGGACUAAACUGAUGACAUGAACUUGUUUUCUCUUGAGAAACCGGUUGUGGAUGUAUUUAUUUUUGGUGCCCACAGACACAGUGUAUUGUGGUUUUGAAGACUCUGGGAUCUUCUUUGUUUACUUUGGUUACAAAGUAUUUUGCCUUAUUGUACAUGGCUGACAUUCUGGGUUGAGUGCAAUGCGAAUCUCUAAGAUCCAAUGAAUUUGUGCAGUGCGUAUUAUUUAUCUGUCCCCAACUUAUCGGAGGCUUCUUCAUCUCAUGGACACUAAAAAUGCUGCAUUUAGGUAAUGUUUUCACUUUUUUGGUUGUUUUGUGUUGCUUUUGGCAUCUAAAAUAACAGGCUGGUUUUUAGAAAAACUGAGGAAAGAUGGAAGAAAUAUAAGGCAGUCUGUUUACAACUGUCCCUUUCAAAAUUGCACUGGAAGAAUACUGUCUCUAAUCUGAGAAUUUAAAAUUUUUCCACUUUUUAUAAAUCGGCUCCAGUGGUGGGCUGAAACCACAUAACAAUGCCAAUUAUUAGACAUUAUGGUUACUUUAAAACCGUAUGUAUUGCAUCAUGUCGGAGCUUGUAUAAUGGCAGCUAUAUCUGUCAUUUAAUGUCUUUAAAAUUCUUACUACUUGCACUGGUUCCAGGCUUUGAUCAGUUCUGUAUCUUUUUAAUGUACUAUUGUUUUACCAACACUGUUUAGCUAAAUGGUUGUCAAUGAACAGUGCCGUCCAGCAACUUCUCCCCAUCAGUGGUAUCCUGCCGAAAUAGACCUUGAAGGGAGGACCCAGUGUGCAUAUGGUACUCUGCAAAUUGGUCACAAUGGGUUGUAGCCACAUGCUCAGUUUUGGCCUGCUUCAUGGCCCCAUCACUGGAAUUGGCAUAUUCUCCCACCAGGCAAACCCACAUAUGUUUGUGAUCUCUCCUCGUGCCACUGCCUGUAAAGAUAAGCCAUGUCCCGCAUUUGACAAACACUGGAACUGUAUAUUUUCUCUUCUUAUAGGGGUUCCCAUACAGCAAGGUAAUAUCCUUGGCUAAUGUGACCCAUUAAUCAUGUAAUCAGCAGUCUGAUUUCAGUGGCAUUACCUUUUCCAGUAUCUUCUGCCAUGAAGUGCAGAAGACCCAGGCUGCUUAGUCUGACAUUCAGACAUCCUUUGCUAGUUAGUUGCUUGUUGGGUAUUACUCAAUAGCCUGUCUGAAAAAUACAGAUGGCUGCUACCAAAGUCAAGGUGUCUAGGUGGACAAGUAUGGGCACUGUACAGCUGUAUCCAAGUUAGGCCAAAUAGGUGAACAAAUCUGAUGGAUGACUGUGCAAACGAAUAACUACUCAUUGAUAUGGUUUCUAGCAAGAUAUGUAGUCCUGUGUUCUGUACACACAUGGUUAACAAAAUGCCCAUAUAUAGGAAACAAUCAAAGAUUCCAGUAGAUCCCACUGACCAGCCUUGCACUGGGUCCCAUCCCAAACACAGUCUGAAUUUACCUUACCUUUAGCCACGCUACCAACCAUUUACUAUCCAAUAUGCUGCUUUAGACACUUUUGCCUUGAGUAGAUUUUUUAACCCCAAACAUUGGGGUACAAAUCUGUGGAUUACAGUUGCCUAACCUGGCCUUCAUAUUUCAUUAGUAUAUGGAAAGUGUACGGCCAGAUUCAGCAGGACUUUCGGUAAGCCUUAUAAGGAUAGAUCUUCUGUCCAGACACUCGGUGCUGUUCAACCUCCCUGCUUCCCGAAUCCUGCAUUUAGAAUGUAUACAAUUCUGUCAACGUCCAGAAGAGUGCAUAUUUAAAAUAGCGUAAGCAUAGAAGGGGACUGCACAGUCACAUGGAAUACACCAAUACGUUUUCAGAUGCCUAAUGUUUGAAGCCCGAACUCUUUUCUUUAGACUGCGUUACUGGCCCUUUAGGGAUGGCAGGGCGGCUUAAUUGGUGUCACCCAGAGCCAGUGGAGGGAUGAGAAUUUCACUCACUGUGUUGGCAAGGUGUGUACUCAUUGCCUACUGGUUUCUAUGUUUUAGGCAUAGCAGCACUGUUUACAAGCCCUUAGAAGUUGAAGAUUGUAUUUUGAACAGUUUGCCUUAAUCUCUACAAGCGUAUGCCUAACAAAUAUCUGUUAGUUAUUUAUAUCUGUACACAACAAUGUGGAAAUUCUUUAUUCACUUGAAGGUAAUCCCAGGACUUUUGCUGCUAAGAUGUGACAUGCCUCAAGGCAAUAAAGUUUGUGUUUUUGUAAAUGUCAUCUCCAUCUAUGUGCAUUACCGAAAUCCUGGAACUUUGGUCUGCACACCUAAAUAGAAUUGGCACCAUGGAUCGACAUAUCCACCUUUAGUGCUGUUUGUGUUUUGUAGUGAACAUGAUCCACUUGUCACUAUGUAGAUGAAUAUUUGGCUCAUGUGCCAAGCACUUGCCCCUCUGGUUACUGCAGCAGCUGGUGCUAAUUUAAAGAUAUACCCACAGUAAUGUGCAUGGCAUCUUCUCACACUCAGGCAUCUGACAGAGGCCUGCAGCACCUGCAGAAGGAAAUGCUUGGCAUAUACCCUUUACUAGAUUGCUAGCCUGCAGGUGAGGUUAGUAAAGUCUACAUGUUAAUGCCUCUUCAUAUUUCUUUAGCUGGAACUUCUCAUUUUAAUGCACAAAGCCUCUUAAUACAGUAAUACAAAGGGAACCACGCCUCUGCAAAUUUAAACUUAAAAAUAUGUUCUGUUAAUUGGUAAGACAAAUUCCAUAAGUCCAGAUACAGUGAGAUUGCAGCUCUUAGGCCUUCAGAAAACAAGGAGGUGGUGUCCCUAAGUAUUGCUGCAUUGACAGGUCUGCAAAAACCCAUGUUAUACACAAUAAUUUCCCAUUAUGCUCCCUAAACCAAUAACUGUAUUUACCACUUCAUUUAUUGAAGCAUAGUACUGUAAUUAGAAUAUUCAUGGAACAAUGAUAUAUAUAUAGGUAAGAAUGGGGAAAAUGUAGGACCUCUAUCACGUUUUAGUUCCUGUCUGUGUUCUUACUGUCAAGAUUCAUUUUUAAAGCUCUCCCAGUGAUCAUUGUUAUUCAUAAGAAAACCAGUUACAACUAAAAGCUUUUGGAAUAGGAUGUAAUUUGAAAUCUUCCAAUUGGUCUUUGGGAUACAGUAUCUUCAACCCCACACCAUAUCGACAUUCAACCUUGUGUUCAGGGUGUUGUGGAAAUUAAUGGGUGGCACCAUGUUUAAUCAUUUGUACAUCCACAGCACACCAGUUUUGUGUUCCUUUAUUCAUGCUUAAUGGAAGAUGGAAAUUACACGCAACAUUUCAGAACCAGCUAUCGAGGGUCAUUUUGCCUUGCUGAAGGAACCCUGUGUGGUUUCAAAAUGUUGAAUUUGAUUUGCGACUUUUCUUAUGCACAAAUCAAUGAACGUUCUUCACCACUUUCUAGUGUAUCUCCAGGAUAGAGACAUUUACCCAGUGGGACACAGACAACACACAUAAUCUGACAGGGGUAUAGUGUAACCUUUCCUUACAUUGGUCGUACAUUCUAAUAUUUUCUUAUUCAAUUUCCUUUAGAUUUACCUUCAACUAUGUAGUGCAAGGGCCUGCCUGGUUGCAUACAAAUUGAAAGUAAUUAUGAUUGACCUCAUAUUAUAGGCAGUCCCGAGUUACGAAUGGGUUAGGGACUGUAGGUUUGUCCUUAAGUCGAAUAUGUUCGUAAGUCGGAAUAGCAUGCACAGAAUGGCAGAUUCGUCGUUUUCCGGUGUUCCGUUGAAAGUGCCCGCUGUUGAAAAGUGUCCGUGCAUGCGCAGAACGGCAGAUACAUAGUUUUUCGAUGUUCCGUCAAAUGUGCCUGCCAUCGAAAAUGUUUCCCGUCGAAUGUGCCCGCCGUCAAAAAGUGGCCACGCAGCCUCCCAUUCGUAAGUAGGAGUCGUUCACAAGUCGGAUGUUCGUUACUCAGAGACUCCCUGUAUAUUGUUUUGGUAAAUCUAAAGGAAAAUUGUAUAAUGUAUGGCCAGCCUUACUCUGCAAAAAAUAAAACACUGUGUCCGCAGCCUAAUGCACACAGUAUUCCCAGUAUAACUGCGACAUAUAAGCCUAGUGUUUAUCUCUAUGCAGUAGCACAAACUGCUAGGUUUACCAAUGUAGUGACCAGUUUCUCAGCGAAGCAGAGUGAAAGGUGAUAUUUGCUUUAUUCACUAAGACAUUUAUUACUCAAGUUGCUUGUUGAGUCGCUAUAGAAUAUCAAUCCUAGGAAAUCCAAAUUUCUAAAUGUUUAUUGAAUUGCCUAGUUGGUGGGGUAAGGAGGAUGGAGUUGAUUUUUAUAUUCUAAUCGCCUUAAUGUAAAUCUGUGGCCAGACUGUGCACAUUUAAGUAUUUACAUAUUGUUAAAGCAUAACUCCGAACAGAAAAGAACCCGUGCAGUGGUGCUCCCCCGCACUAAAAAGGUAAAAUGCUCAUUACGUCAAGGGCAUUACAGAACAGGCACACUUACCUGACUCCCCUGCUACUGCUGGCUCUGGUGCUGGGGAGAAAAGAGCUGCAGAUAUGCAUAGUGCUGGAUCGAAUGAGGGCUCAGGUAAGUAAAGGGUAGGGGGAGGGGGAAUACUGACACCUAAACAUUUUUACUUUAAUACAAGGAAUGCAUUAAAGUAAACAAAGUUUAGGCUUUACAACCACUUUAAGGAGCAUUUGACCCUUGAAUUGUAUGUGUGAGGAGGCAACUUCAAGGGUAUUUUUUUUUCUUGUGUCCAAAGUUGGGCAUUAAGAAGCCAUAAAUGAACUUUAAAACAAGACAAUACUGAUCUCUGCGGCUGCAGAUAUUCAAAUUCUCUAAGCAGUUCUGCUUCCCCUAAGCCUAACAUUAGAAUGGCAAAAGGCUGCAGAGUCAUUGCUGGAUAGGAAGAGCUGAGCUGCUGAGAAUGUCUUAAAUAAUUUUAGUGCUACUUCUGUUAAUCCUAACGAUUAAUUGCUCUACUGUGCCUGUAACUACAGGUGUAGGUUUGUUGGGGGGGAAGGGGGGGUUAAAGAUUUCUGCUUCUUAAGAAUAUGUAAAUGCUUGCAUGUCCAUAGCCUGACUACAGGUAAAUGCAUACGCUGCCAUGAUCUCUCUAUUCGAAAAUGCUAAGUCUUUGGGAAUCAUGUUGCUAUUGCUCCAAUAUUUUGGGGCGGUUUACCCAGGGCAGGUCUGGAAAAGCUGUAAAUCUGACUUCUGUGAUAAUCAUUUGUUGCUUGUUUCAGGUCUGUGACUUGAUGCAAGGGAAAGUUGGCAGCUAGCGCUUGCCAAGUGCAAUGGCAGAUACCAUAUUUUUCUUAUGACCUGUAUAUGUUAAAACUAAGCUAUCCCCUUGCCCAUCCAAAGCAAAGUGACCGUGUCUUUGGAACCCCCGGAACCCCUGAUUACUACCCUUGCCAUCACUACCUUGCUACUCCUGCCUGUGACAAUACCUGGGUACAACGGAGCGUUUGACCUCCUAUGUGACACUAAGCCAAUCGCUAGGCCCAAACACUGUCACAUAAUCCAGGGAGUUGUGUCACUGCUCCAUUUAGUGCCUGGCACCAGCUGUAACAGAUGCAGGAGUGACAAGGGGCACAUGCCUAGUUGAGUAUCUGGCUGUGGGGGGGCUAUUUAUAAAAAAAAACUGUCAUGCUCUGAAUGUACAAGAUGGCAAUUUAUUUUUAAACUAAGGAGUUUAGAAAGCUUUAGAUUUGCAAAAACAGCACAGUUGGGAUGCACAUCUGACCUCACCGUUGAAUUCAUUGUUUGGUUUUAUUUUCAUUUUCUGUAUAAAAUCUAUUAUUGUGUUAAUCAAGAAAGUAAAACUAUUUUGUUCAAUGCAGAGCAGUAAAUUCAUGACAGUAACUUAUUUUUAUAAACAGAAGUAUAUGUUUUAUUAUGUAAACCUGAGAGAUAUGAUUUACUGUAUGUGAUUUAUUAUAUCCUUUGGGAGCUGAUGGACAUUGCAUUGUGUUGGUAAUACAUUCAGAAUUUUCCAACAAUCUGAUUACUUUCCAUCAGCAUAUAGAACAAACAAAAUGUAUUAUUGUAUUAUUUUUUUAAUGAAUAUUUUCUUUUAUGUUUUGGACAUUGUGGGAUUUUUGAUUGAGACAAUUUAAUAGUAGUUCUUAAAUUAAUUGUAAUAAAUGGAAUUGUAUGUACUUAACACGUUUAGUAAAA